CUAUUCUCCUAGUGAAGUGAGGUCCGUAUAUAUUUUUCAAAGAUCCUGACAAUGUGAGGACAUUUAUACACGUACCAAUUCAUCACAAAGGCAAAGUGAGGUCCAUCAAACGUUGCCAAGUUUCGCGCAUGUGAAACAGUUAGGUAUAAGGUGGAAGAGAUUUUUUGUGUAUUAGCGAAGAUUCAUAAAUGUUUGACUGUUGCGUCAUAUGGGGCUACAUGAAUAUUUUGUGGAAACUACUGUGUAUUUAAGGAUGGACAGGAAAACAAAAAUAUUGAAUAUGGUAAAAAAUAAUGACGAGGUUUUGGACCGCUUGUUGAUUCCUAAAUAUGAAAGUACUAAGGGACUUGGCAGGAAUGAGAUCAGUGUACUUCUUUCAAGACGCUAUAUUUUACUCAAUGAGAGAAAAAAUUGUUUACUUUCACCUGAUCCUGUUCGUCAAAUACAAUUAGAAGAAAUAUCCUCUACCAAAAAGAGAUAUGCAACAAGACUUUGGGUAGAAAAAACAAAAAGGAAUAUUUUUCACUGUUCUAGUGACAAUAAUAAUGAAGAAAUUGUGACAUCAACUGUUGAGACAAAAAUACAUCAAUAUGACAAGACCCAAGAAAUUGCUCCAAGUGCACCUAACAGAGAAAUCGAACAAGAAUGUACAUCAAAUACAAUAGAAAAAGUCCAGGAAAAGGAUAUGCUAGCUACAUCUGAUAUAGAAAGUGAAGAGUUUAUUCCACCAACACCUGGAAUAGACAGCGACGAGGGCUAUAUUCCAAAUUUUGAAAGUCCGGACAGGAAUUCAGACAAAGAAAAUUCAAUAAUAAUACCUAACCAGAAUUUUCAACAAACAUCAGAAAAUACAGCAGAGAAGCAAAAAAUGUGAAAAAAAACGAGUUUGGAACAAAAAAGAUUAUUGUUAUUUUUGCAACAAUGAAGUUCUGAAAUUUUCACGUCACAUUUUAAGACAUCAUCAAAUGGAACAUGAAGUUCAAGAAAUAUUAUCAUUCAAUGUUGGUCAUAGAAGAAGAAAGGAAUUAUUCACUAGGCUCAGAAAUACGGGAAAUUUUUUAAAAAGUUCUAGCAGUGAAAUUAUUGUUCCGGUGAGAAAACCUGCAGAGAGCGAUUUGGAGCAACCAACUACGGACACAUAUCUUCCAUGUAAAUUCUGCAAGGGGUUUUACAAGAGAAAGACUCUUUAUAGACAUAUUGCGAAAUGUCCUGAUAAUUGCGAUGAUAAAAAAUUGAGAAGUAAUGCGCAAAGUGAAGGACAAUCACUUUUUUCUAAAUAUAAAAACAACGAUAUUUUACGAAAAUAUAUAUUCCCAAGCAUGAGAGCAGAUGAAUUAUCUUUAACAGCAAAAAAAGAUAUGCUAAUAUGUGCUGUAGCAAAAAGAUAUUUGAAAAGUCAUCGCGAUAAACACUUUCGUGCUAUUGCUUCCCGCAAAAUGAGACAACUGGCAGCUUUGUUGAUAGAAAUAAAAAAGAAAAUCAAGGUUACAAAUUUAUUUGCAGCUUUGGAUCCAUUGAACUUUGAUAUACUUGUGGAAUGUACUAAAAUAAUAUCCAGAUAUAAUGCGGAAACUCAAUCUUAUGGAGCUCCAUCAUUGGCAUCUCAUAUGGGUACUGAGUUGAAAGAUUGUAUUGAUGUCGCUUCCAACAUGGCACUUAAAAAAUAUCGACAAGAUAAUAGUGACAUAAAUAAAUUGAAGAAUCUAAGAGAACUUAUUGACAAAGAAUGGCGUUUUGAAGUUUCUACAGAAGCAAAUAAUGACUUGAAACAAAAAAAUUGGAAUAAACCAUCUCUCAUUCCUCUAGCGGAAGAUCUCACUACUUUGAAAAAUUACACACUGAAAGAAGGUGAAAGAUAUAGAAAUGUUUUACAGCAAAACCCACAUGACAAAAAGUCCUUCAAAAAUUUGUUAGAAAUCACAUACGUGCAAUUACUCUUAUUGAACAGACGAAGAAUUGGUGAACUGGAAAGAAUGACUGUACCAUCAUAUAUUACAAAUAUCAAUAACCAAAGUUCUGAUGAGUUCAACAGCUGUAUCACUGAAAAUGAAAAGGUUCUUAUGAAAUCUUUCAGAAGAGUUGUGAUAAGAGGGAAGAGGGGAAGAGGAGUUCCAGUUUUAUUUACAGAUGAGAUGGUCAAAAAUACAGAUUUAUUAUUAAGUAUCCGAAGUCAUUUCCUUUUAGAAAAAAAUAUUUUCCUAUUUCCCAAUACAAAAUCCUCCAAUAGCAUUUGCGGGUCGAAGGCGAUUUACAAACACGUGAGACUUGCUGGAGUGAAAAAUGCAGCUGCUUUGACGUCAACUAGAUUACGCAAACACCUUGCGACAAUGUCACAGGUCAUCAAUUUGUCACCACAAGAUUUAGAGCAAUUAGCAUGUUUUAUGGGACAUACUUCUGAAAUCCAUAAAGCGUACUAUAGGUUGCCAAGUGAUGUAUACCAAAUGGCAAAGGUAUCUAAAUUAUUACUCCUCAAUGAAAGGGGAGAACCUUCCAAAUAUAAGGGAAAGAGUCUUGAAGAGAUAAAUAUCGAUUUAGAUAUAGAAGAAGACGACUCAGAAGAUGAUCAAAAUGAAGAAUCAACCAUAAAAAAUGAAUGUACAGGGAAUAGAUCAACAGGUGCACGAAAUAUUCAGAAACAAUUGGAUUCAUCUGACAAGGAUUUUCGGGUCAAGAAGAAACGCAUUCUCCAAUCAUGGACGGACUGCCAAAAAAAAGUUGCCCUUUCUUUCUUCAAGAAUCACUUGAAAAACAAAAUUCCACCGAAGAAGAAAGAAUGCCUUCAGU